AUGAAGGUUCAGCAAGGUAGUCCUGUUUUCUGUGUUUUUGGCAGUCAUUGGGAACUGGUAGGCCUGGUCAGUGAGACCUCCGUAGCCUGUUAUAAGCCUAUUCUUGUCAUCAAGACAGCCCCAUACAUUUCUUGGAUGAGAUGGCUUAUCAAGGCAUUCCAGAAUCCACUGGACCCUAUUUUUUCCUUACCCUGCAGUUUUCUUACUGGAGUUAAACAGGAUUCACAGAAAAGGCAUAGCCGUAACAGAAGCUCUGCCCCUUCAGCAUCUCACACAUUAAGCACUUCCCCAUUGAACAGACAGCGACGAAAUCCUACUUCAAUAAUAUUUGGUUCAACUACCAGAGUUUUUUUUCCUGGAAAUAGACAAUUAUACCUUAAAAGUAGUCAGCUCUCCUCAGCUAGUAAAUUCCCAAUGAUACUAUCCUGGACAUCUCCAAUUGCUAAACCAUGGGAUUCUUUCACUACAGCUGAGCCAUCGAGUACCCUAAUAGCUGAUACUUUUCAAUCUUUGGGGGUUUUUGGACCCCAGAGUCCCCAAACAGCUGAUAUAUCUACACCCUGGGACUUUCCUCAGAAAAGUGUAAUACAAUGUCAAUAUCAAAUUAUGACUGACAUGGUAAGAUCCUCUAUUAAACCAUUAACUAGUACAGCUGGGCUUCAUACUAUACCAUUAUUUAAUGCUGAUGGAUCAUCGAUGCUGUUUUCAAAUGACAUGGAUGGAACCCGGUUUUUUUCUGGGAUCAGUGCUGUUCCAUUUCAAGUUCAGUCUAGUAAAGUUCCUUCCCUUGGUCAAUUGGUGGCUAAACCUUGGCUGGAAUUUACUCCUAAUGUUGGAACUUCAGCACAAUUUGUACCUUGUAAAAUGGGAACAGUGAUACAGAUUCAAUCUACUGAAGAGUUCAUUAGAACCCAAUUGUACCAUGUAGUGGAUAAAGUAAAUACUGGUCUUAAUACUGCAACAUUGCAUCCAUGGGCUUCUUUAAUAGUUAAUAAAAUUGAAUUGUGGGCUCAUUCUGCCCUCAAGGAAGAAGAAUCCCAUAAGCCUAUACUAACCCAUACUUUGGAAUCAUGGUUUCAGCCCAUCUUGAAUAUAUUUAGAACCCAAGAACCUGUGGAAAACACAGAUGGAUAUCAGAUUCUCCCAGAAUCUAAGUCAACUAAAUUUUGGACUGCCUCCACACUUAAUAUUCCUUUCUCUUUGGCUCAGUCUUCAUCUGAUACAACUAAGUCUCAGGCACAAUAUAAAGCCAAUAUGAUCAGACCCUCAAAUGAAAUGAAAGGAACUAAUCCAUUGAGUAAUCAUAAGACUGUUGUACUUGAAUCUCAGAGGCAGCCAGAAGACACAACAUGGCUCUCCAUCCAUCAUAUUGAACAUGUAAUUGAGUCUACCAUUCACUCUAAAGUUGAUACUAUCAAGCUCUGGGCUGAGUCUGAUGCACAUAUAAUCCAAAACUGGAUCCAGCCAGAAACUCAAUCAGAAAAACUGUUGACUCAGAGGAUAAGUGAUACAACAAGAUCAUGGCAACAGACUACAACAGAAAGAAUCAAACCCUGGAUUCAGUCUAAACAGAAAAUGUUCAGAUCCAGGACCAAGACUGAAAAAAUUCAAGAUAAGAAUAUGCCCCAGCCAGAAGCAGAUAUAAUUAGAUUAUGGGCCCAAACUGAAACUGAAACAAUCAUACCCUGGAACCAGCCUGAAUCUAAUACAAUAAAAGCUUUCUUCUCAACUAAAUUAGAUCACGUUAAACCAACUACCCAUCCAGAUUUUAAAACUGUCUAUCCUUGGUCUCAGCCUGACAUUGAUAUAAUCAGAUUAUGGACUCAAGCUGAAUUUAGCAGCAUUCAACAAUGGAAAAAGCCUGAAACAUUUGCAUUCAGGCCAGGGAUACAGUCUGAAGUUAAAAUAGUAAUACCCUUGUCAAAACUGAAGGAUGAUAUAGUUACCUUUUGGUUCCCAUCAGAAACUGAUGCAAUAGAAACUGGGAGCCAAUCUGAAUCUCAAACAAAUCUUCCCUUGUCUGAGAUUGAAACUGACAGAGUCAGACCUUGGUUGCAAAUACAAAUGGAUACAUUCAAACAUUGGAUUGAGACAGGAAUUCAAACAGUUCACCCCUGGACCAAAAUUGAAGAUGAUAUAGCCAGAUCUUGGACUCACACUGAGGGUGAUACUGUAAAACCUUGGAUCCAGAAUGAAUUGGAGACAGUCACAGGAUUGACAGAGCCAGUAACUCAAACAGCACAUCACUGGAUACAAUCUGAGACUGAAAUAGUUGGGCCCUGGAAUCAACCUCUGGAUGAUAAGUUAAGAGCUUGGAUACAACAUGAUAUUUAUAAAAUUAGGCCCUGGUAUAAGUUUGAAAGUGAUGAAAUUAAAUUUUGGACCCAGACUGAAGUUGAUGCAGUGGGAUCCUGGAUUCAGGCAGACGUUAAUAUAGUCAAUCCUUGGGUAAAAAAUGAAGCUAGUACAUUAAGCCCAUGGACACAGGAUGAGUCUCUGGAAUUAAAUACCCUGAAACAGUCUAAAACCGAUCCAUUCAUACUGUGGACCCAGGUAGAAAUUCCAGAAAUAAAUCCCUGGGCACAAUCUGAAAUUGACACAGUCAUACUGUGGACCCAGGCUAAAACUCCAACAGUAAAUCAGUGGACAGCUAUGUCAGCUGGUAUAGGGACAAAGACUGAAUUUCAAGAAUUAAUGCCCUGGAGAGAAUCUGGAACUGAUCCAAUUACAUUGUGGACUCAAGAAAAAUCUUCAGCAGUGACUCUAUGGACACAGCCUAUAUUGAAUACACUCACAUUGUGGACUCAAGAUGAAUCAGCAGUUUUAAGUCCCUUGACAGAGUCUGUAUCUGAUACAGUCAUACCAGGGACCCAGGAGGUACUUCUAGCAAUAAAUUCCAUAACAAAUAUUAUACAUAACACUAUCAUGCUGUGGUGGAAAGAUGAAUCCCCAGCAGUAAAUACUUGGGUCCUGUCUGAAUUUGAUUCAGUUUCAUUGUGGACACAGUCUAAUUUGUCAUCAGUAAAUCCCUGGACACAAACUAAUACUGACACAAUCACACUGUGGAUGCAGCCUGAAUCUUUAGCAGGAAAUCUAUGGAAUCAGUUUGAAACUGAUAUAAUCACACCUACAACAAACAUUAAAUCACCAGUAGUAUAUUUAUGGUCCUAUACUGUGUGUACACAGGCUGAAUCACAUUUACUCAAUCACUUUUACUCAAUCUCUCACAUUUAUUCAACACAGUCUAAGACUAGUAUUGUCACAAUAUCAAUUCAGGAUAAAACUCUGGAAUUAAGUUCCUGGACAGGGUCUGAAAGUGAUAUAUUCACACCUUGGACCCAGGCUGAAACUAUAGUGGCAAGUACUUGGACUAAACCUGUGGGUGAUGCCACUACACCAUGGACUCAGGAUAAUCCUCUAGCAAUAAUUCCCUGGUCAGAGUCUGCCACUGAUACUGUGACACCAUGGACCAAGGCUGAAUUUCCCAUAGGAAAUCCCUGGACACAAUCUGAAAUAGAUACAGUAAGCCAGUGGGUCCCAGAAGAUUCUAUAGAAGUAAGUCUAUGGACACAGACAAUAGCCCCGAUAGACAAUCUGUGGACCACGUUUGAAUUUACAGAACUAAAUGUUCAGACAGAGCCCGCAGCUCAUAUUGUUAUGCCAUUGAUUGAGACUGAGUCCCCACCAAUAAAUCUAUGGGCACAGUCUGUAUCUGAUGCAAUCAAAUUAUGGGCCCAAGAUAGAUCUCUACCAGUAAAUCUCUGGAUGGAAACUGUAACUUCCUUAAUUACAUCAGAGACACAGGCUGUAUUUCCAAUAGUAAAUCCAGGGACAAAAUCUGUAGCUGAUAAUCUCACACUGUGGAUCCAUGCUGAAUUCACAGCAGUGUAUCCAUGGAUGCCUUUGGCUGAUAUGAUCACACAAAAGCCCCAGUCUGAGUCAUCAGUAGUAAAUUUAUGGAUGCAACAUAUGUCUGACACAGUCAUUUUGUGGCCCCAAACUGAAUCUCCACUAAGUUUUGGGACAGAGCCUUUACCCGAUUCAUUCAGACCAUGGCCUCAGGCUGAAUCUUCAACAGUAAUUCAUUGGAUUGAGCUUGUAGCUAGUACAGUCACACUAUGGACUCAGUCUGAAUUUCUAUCAUCGUAUCCCCAGAUUCAGUCUGUAUCUGAUACACACAUGUCAUGGACACAGGAUGAAUCUCCAACAGUAAAUCCCUGGAUGCAGGCAAUAUCUGAUAUGGUCACUCUGUGGAACCAGGUAACUUCUCCAGUAAAUCUCUGGACACAAUAUGAAACCUAUGUGUUUACACAGUGGACAAAAUCAGAAUCACCAAAAGUAAGUCCCUGGACAAAGCUCAAAGUAGAUUCUCUUACACUGUGGACCCAGGCUAAUUCUGAAAUUUUUAAACCUUGGACACAUUUUGUUGUUAAUACGGUGACACCGUUGGCUAAGAGUGUUUAUUUAGCAGUAAUUCCAUGGACACAAUUUGAAACUGCAACUAUUACAUCAUGGACCCAGACUCUAUUGCCAGCAAAAAUUCCCUUAACAGUGGCUUUAACUACUACAGUUACACUGUGGAACAUGAAUGAAAUUCUAUCAGAAAAUACCUGGACACAGUCUACAACAGAAAUAGUCACAGAGUGGACUAAAAAUGAAUCUCCUGAAGUAAAUCCCUUCAUACAACCCAUAUCUGAUAUACUUAUUCUUUUCACCCAUGUUAUUAAUUUAGCAACAAAUCAUUGGACUCAGUCUGAAGCUAUUACAAUUACACCAUGGACCCCGGUAGAAUCUGUAGAAGUAAAUGAUUGGAGACAGGAAGCAGUUUCUGAAGCAGUCACACUAUGGGUGCUAAGUGAAUUUUCAGAAGUAAAAUUUUGGGCACCUCCAGAGACUGAUAAAGCUACACUGUGGCACCAGGCUGUAUCUACAUUAGCCUCCAAGAUAGAGACUGUAACUGAUACAUUCAUACCAUGGACACAGACAGAAUCUCCACUAGUAAAUCCCUGGAUACUGCCUCUACCUGAAAAAGUCACACUGUGGACUAUGAGUGAAUAUCUACCAAUAAAUACUUGGAACCAGGCUGAAUUUUUAUCAGUUCAUCCAAAGACACAGUCUGAAUUUUCAACAGUGAAUUUCUGGACAGAGUUUGAAUCUUCAGCCCCAAAUCCUUGGAUACAGGCUAAGGCUGGCAAAGUAGUCAUACCAUGGGCCAAUUCUGAAUCCUUAUCACUAAAUCCCUGGACCCAGCCUAGAGCUGAUAAAGUCACACUGUGUACACAGAUUUUAUCUCCAUUAUUAAAUUCCUUUUCGCAGACUGAAAAUGAUACAAUAACAGAAUGGAGUAACACUGAAUCUUUACCAGUAAAUACCUGGACAGACGCUGAAGCUUCCACACCUGUAUAUUUGACUCAAGAUGAAUAUCCACUAAUAAAUACCUGGACUCAGCCUGUAUCUGAUACACCUAUAUUUGACAGUCUUAUAUCAUGGACCCAUGAAGAAUCAUCAGCAGUAAAUCCAUGGACACAGACUGUAGCAUCCAUAGUGCUGCCAAGCCCUCAGGCUGUACUUUCAACCAAAAAUACCCCAAAACAACCCACAUCAGUUACCCCAUGUACACAGUCUGAAUAUCAAGUGGUGAAACUAAAGACAGAGAAUCCAGAUUAUACAAUCACACUUUGGACCCAGGAUGACUCUCUAGCAGUAAACACCUGGACAGGGACUGAAACUUCCACAGUCACAUUUUGGAAACCAACUGACUCUACUGUAAAUUCCUAUAUACAGAGUGAAACUUAUAUGAACACAUUUUGGACAAUGUUUAACACUGAUUCUAAGAAAUCCUGGACAAUGCCUGAAGCUAAUAUACUUAGAAUUUCAUUGCAACCUCAAACUGAUACUACCCAAUCCUUGAUUCUAACUGAAAAUCAAGUGUCUCUUCUGGUGACACAUCCUGAAAUUGAAAACAUCAAUACAUGGACAUUGCCUGAACUUGGAACACUCAUGUCCUGGAUAUUCUCUGUACAACAAGAAGCCAUAAACUGGCCUGAGUACAAAGCUUUUAUUAGCAGAGCUUGGUUUAAAACUCAGACAAAAAGAAUAAGAUCUUGGAUUCAGCCAGAAUCGCAAACCCUCAAUAGCUUUAUUACAUUUGGGGAUGAUAAAAUCAAGUCUUUGACCCAACAUAAAACUUCUGAUGUUGUUUCAUGGAUCCAGACUCAAACUACGGUAUUUUACCACUGGGACCAAUCAGAAGUAGACACAAUGAGACCUUGGACUGUUUAUGAAGCAAAUAAAGUAAAACUGUGGACCCCAACUGAAGCAGAUAUAGUCAACCCUUGGACCCAAAAUAAAACUGAUACUAUUUUGACCAGGACUGAAUCUCAAAAAGACAGGCCAUGGACUCAGUCUUUUUCUAAUACAGUCAUACAACUAACCCAGGCUGAAAUGCCAACAGGAAAACACCUGACCAUGCCUGACAUUAAUAUUCUUCAGCCUUGGUUCCAGACUAAAAGUGAUAUAGUAAGACAAAGGAGUCAACUUGAAUCUAAAACAGUCACUACGUGGAUCCAGCUAGAACAACAAUUAAUCCACCCCUGGACCCAACCUGAAACUAAAACAAUCAGACUGUGGGACCAGUCUGAAGGUGGUGUUUCACACCCCUGGAUUCAUGCUAAAAUGAAUACAGAUAGUCUCAGGACCCAUUCUGAAAUGGAUAAAAUAAAAUCAUGGAUUCAUCUUGAAUCUCAAGCAAUUAGAACCUGGUCUGAAGAUGAUACAAUCAUACUUUGGUCUCCAACUCAAAAUGAUGGGAUUUGGUUUCAAUCCCAAUUUGAAUCUCAAAUGACACAUUCCUGGACCCAGCCUGGAAUUGGUAUAACCAACCCUUGGCCUCAGCAUGAAAUGACUACAAUCAUACCUUGGACUCACUCUGAAAUUAAUCUUUGGACCCAUCCUGGAGCAGAUAAAGUAAUAGAAUACUGGUUGCAGACGCAAAUGAAUUCAGUUAGACCCUGGAACCAACCUGAAAGAAAAACAAUCCAAACGUGGACCCAAACUGUAAGACAAGUAAUAAAACCCCCAAAUUUGACUGAAGUGAAUACAGUCACACGUUGGUUACAGACACAAAGUGAUAUAGCUAGACCCUGGAUUCAGUCGAACACUGAAUCAGUUAGACUCUGGACCCAGAUUGAAGUUGGUAAAGUUCAGCCAGUGGCUCAGCCAAGAGUUGCUACAAAUCAACCAUCACCUUAUGCUGAAGCACAAGUAGUCAGACCCUGGAUCAAGUUGAAAACUGACAAACCUUGGUUCCACAUUCAAAUGAAUAAAGGCAUACAAUGGACUUAUUCAGAAUCUCAAAUGUCUAGUCCUUGGAUCCAGCCUGAAGUUGGUUUAGUUCAUCAUUGGAUCCAGUCUAAAACCCAAGCAGUCAGACUAUCUACCAAAUUUGAAACUUUUAUUGCCAGAUCCUGGUCCCAGGUGGUAUCUCAGGUAGUCAAACCCUUGACUUCCUUUGAAGGAAGAACACUUAUAUCCUGGGCUCUGCCUAUAACCCAAGUAAAUAGACCCUGGACUCAGCCUGAAGCUGCAAUUAUUGCAUCCUUUGCUAUUUCUAAACCUGACAAUGUUGGAGCCUGGAUCCAGCAUGAAACAGAAAUACUAAGACCAGUAACCCAUUUUAAAGCUGAUAUAAUUGCAUCAUUUACUCCUCCUGAAGUUGAAUCUGAUGGAGAAACCUCAUUAAGGAGCCGUUUCAGCUCUAAACAUGUACCUGUUUCAUUAGUAAACACUAUUCCUUCCCCAGAUCAGAAUUUUAUAACUUUGUCACUUGAGAUAGCUGCUGCACAAACUCAAGAUAAAAUCAAUUCUCUCCAACCAAACCAGCUUACAAGCACUUGGCUUCCUAAAAGUGUUGAUUAUGAGAAUUAUGGCAAGAAAUUACAAAUUGUCAAGACAAAAGAAAACAAGCAUAUUCUGUCUGCCUCUCUUGUCUCUCUUUCUUCAUCCUUUUCUUUUCUUAUUUCUUGCUUUCUCUCAUCUCCAUGUACAUCGCUACCUUCUUGUUCAGUCUUUUCUUGCACAUUCCCUUCAUCCUGCAUUUUCCCAUCUUGUUCCAUUUUCUCUCCUGUAGCCUUCUCUUCUAUACCCCUACCUUUAGCCUCUUUUGACAGUCCUCGUCAGGAACUCUCUUCCUCAAAACUUACAGAAAAGACCAUUGUUUCUCAUACUAUUUCAUCCUUGCAUGCUGCAUCAACCACACUUCCAACAAAGCAAUCUCCUCAAAUGUCUGUAUCUCAGCCUGCACCAAAGUCUAAGCAUGAACCUGAACAAUCAACUCUCAGGCAUUCAGAACUCAACGUUUCACUGGCUGAGUGUCACCUAGGUGUGAUCUGGAAAGAGAGUCUCCAGGCUUUCUGGCUCUUCAAGACAGCUGUUAUUUCUCAUGAAACCACAGAGUGUGGAUUACGUCCUGGUCUUGUCCCCCACUGUCCCAACUGUUGGGAGGCAGAAAUGGGUGAAUUCCCUUGGAUGGUUUCUGUGCAACUGUCUUUCUCCCAUUUCUGUGCUGGCUCUAUACUGAAUGAGCAGUGGAUCCUUACCACAGCUAGAUGUGCCAAUUUCAUAAAAAACUCAGAAGCCCUGGCCCUGGUCCAAGUGGGGCUUAUUGAUCUUCAGGAUGCUACCCAAGCUCAGACUGUAGCCAUUCACCGUGCAAUGCCUUAUCUAGGCCCCAAGGGACCUCUAGGACCUGGGUUGAUCUUCCUUAAGCAGCCACUACAUUUUCAGCCCCUUGUCCUUCCUAUAUGCCUGGAGCAGAGUGUGGAACAAAAGAGAAAUAUACAGCUGUAUGAUUGCUGGCUACCUAGUUGGUCUCUUAUGAGAGGAAGUCCUGGAAUUCUUCAAAAAAGACACUUAAGUAUCCUUCAAGUCAGCACUUGUGCUCAAUUUUGGCCCAACCUGAAUGAAUUCACUUUCUGUGUGGAAGCCAAGAAAGCUAUGGGGGAGGCUGGCUGUAAGGGUGACUUGGGUGCACCGCUGGUGUGCCAUCUACAGCAAAAGGACACAUGGGUGCAGGUGGGAAUCUUGAGUCAUUUUGAUGAACGUUGCACAAAGCCCUACGUCUUCAGCCAAGUGAGCCCUUUCCUUCUCUGGCUCCAAGGAGUUACAAGGCCCAGUCAUGCACCCUGGUCCCAGCAUGGGCCCAUGACUACCUCUACUUCCAUCUCCCUUUCAGUAUCUACCUCUACGAAUACCUCAGCUUUUGCAGCCACUCCUGCUUCUGUUCGGCCACACUUCAUCUCUCUACCACAGCCCCAGACUUUAGCAGAUCGGAUCUCUCUGCGUUAUGCCAUGCCUUGGCAGGCUAUGAUCAUCAGCUGUGGAAGUCAAAUCUGUAGUGGUUCCAUAAUUAGCAGUUCUUGGGUUCUCACGGCUGCCCACUGUGUCAGAAACAUGAAUCCUGAAGACACAGCUGUGAUACUAGGCCUGAGGCACCCUGGGGCACCUCUAAGAGUUGUUAAGGUGUCUGCCAUUCUACUGCAUGAGAGAUUCCGGUUGGUGAGUGGGACAGCAAGAAAUGACCUAGCAUUGUUGCUCCUUAAAGAGGCCCAAACUCCUAUUCAACUCUUAGCACCUUUGGGACAUCUGAAGAAUCUGAAUAGCUCAGAAUGCUGGCUUUCUGGGCCACGGAUUCUUAAACCAGGAGAGACAGAUGAGAAUCCAGAAAUGUUACAGAUGCACGUGAUAGGAGCUUCAAGCUGUGCCCAUCUCUAUCCUGAUAUAGGCAGUUCUAUUGUUUGCUUCAUUACUCGGGCCAAAGGCUCUGAUGCAGACAUGGACCCAGUGAUUCCAGGAAGUGCCGUUAUGUGCAAACUGAUAUCUGGCAAUGGAAGUUGGAGACAGAUAGGCUUUACCAGUAUCAAAACCCUAGCUACCAUAGUGAGCCCACACUUCCCUUGGAUCUUAGCAACUUCUGCAAAAGCACAACAUCCUCUAAACCAAGCCCACACUCCUUGGGUAGCACCUCCCAAGUCCUCUAGUCUCCGUAAGCAGCCAGUAGCACUGCCAUUUUCUUCGAUAAUGAUGUUUGUAUCACAGUCAUUUGUAGCCCAGCUUAUGUCUAGACAUGCACAUGACCACAAGCAGAGGUGGCGAGAGAGGGACCGGGUUAGGAGGCACAUGCCAGUGGUGGGCCCUGUGAGAACGUCUUCCGAGGAUGAGGAUCCCAGGCUCAGCAUGCCAUUCUGCCCAGGUGACAGGGUCCCUAAAGGUUCCACAGACAAGUGCCCAGUAUUGGUGGACACUGAGAAAAAAAAUGUCAUUUCCAGCACUCUGAUAGAAGAAGAGAUAGCAAUCUUCGAUCUGGCCCAGAAGCCCUUAAAAGUAUCCCAUUGCCACUUUCUGUGGGAUUCCUCUUCCUGUGCCCAGGGAUUAGUUCUAGGAUCUCUGAAGGCAGCCACACAACAGAAAGAGGUGGUGUUUCGUGGGCUCACUGUGGCAGCCAGCGUGUUGAUGGAGCAGUCUGAGCAAGAAACUUUCACCGAGGCAGAACCAGAGGGCGCGAAGUCCCCGGUGGGGGAGUCGGAGCUGGUGAUGGCCGAGGUGAUCCCAAUGGUCCAGCUAGAAGAGGUCAUAGAGGGGGGGCAGGUGAUGCCCCAGCUGGCCCAGGAAAAUGAGCGUGAAGGUGAAGACAACAACCAGGAGGAGGAGGGGAACGGGCAGGCAGUGGAGGGGCACUUGGCCCCCAGACCACAGCCUGCUAUGGAGGCUCUGGAAGAGGUCCAGCUGGAGUUGACCAGAGUGAGUGCCCGAGGCAGCAUGGACUAUGCUCGGCUGAAGCGCAAGUUUGGGCAGAGGAUGAAGGCACAUCUUGAGCGCAGAAGGGCCAUCAUCCAGAGCAUCCCUGGCUUCUGGGCCAAAGCCGAAAAGUUCCUUAACCUGAGGCAGAUAAUGAACCACCCGCAGAUAUCGACUAUAAUCACAGAGCAAGACGAAGAUGUGCUUGCCUACAUGACAAGUUUAGAGGUGGAGCAAGUCAGUAUUCCCAGGCACUGCUGGAGGAUGAAGUUUUUCUUCCAUCUGAACCCCUACUUCAGGAAUGAAGUGAUAACCAAGGAUUAUCUCCUUACUAUCACUGGAUACAAGGCAUCUUGUUCCUCUUCCAUCCAGUGCUUCUGGGAUGAUGACAAUGAAGUGCCCAGCAUAAGGCAGGACACCAGUGUCCUGAGCUUCAUCAGCUGGUUGUCAAACCACAACUGCCCAGGAUCUAACAAGAUUGCUGAGAUCAUCAUUGAGGACCUGUGGCUUAAUCCCCUACACUACUAUCGGGGGGAGGAAUGUGCCAUGACAGAGAAGAGAGAGGAGGUCAGGAAAAUGGACUUACUUUUCCAAGAAAAGUUGGAAGAAGCAGAUAUUGACCAUUCUAUAGAGCAUAGUGGCAGCGAUCAUGGCACCUGUUACAAAGAGCUCUACCCAGGCAGUGAAGAUACCAAAACUUUUUCAAAGUGGCACAGUGUGUCCUACUUUUCAUUCCAGAUCAUCAUCAAGAAUCCGUGGCUCAAUACCCUGGACUAUUACCUGCUGGAGGAAGGCACCAUGACCAAGAAGAGAGAGGAGGUCAGGUGA